ACCACAGCUCCUGCCACGACAACUGCUGAGGACACUACAACCACAGCUCCUGCCACGACAACUGCUGAGGACACUACAACCACAGCUCCUGCCACAACAACUGUUGAGGACACUACAACAACAGCUGCUGCCAUGACAACUGCUGAGGACACUACAACCACAGCUCCUGCCACGACAACUGCUGAGGACACUACAACCACAGCUCCUGCCACGACAACUGCUGAGGACACACAACCACAGCUCCUGCCACGACAACUGCUCUCCACGACAACUGCUGAGGACACUACAACCACAGCUCCUGCCACAACAACUGCUGAGGACACUACAACCACAGCUCCUGCCACGACAACUGCUGAGGACACUACAACCACAGCUCCUGCCACGACAACUGCUGAGGACACUACAACCACAGCUCCUGCCACGACAACUGCUGAGGACACUACAACCACAGCUCCUGCCACAACUGCUGAGGACACUACAACCACAGCUCCUGCCACGACAACUGUUGAGGACACUACAACCACAGCUGCUGCCACGACAACUGUUGAGGACACUACAACCACAGCUGCUGCCAUGACAACUGCUGAGGACACUACAACCACAGCUCCUGCCACGACAACUGCUGAGGACACUACAACCACAGCUCCUGGACACUACAACACAGCUGCUGCCAUGACAACUGCUGAGGACACUACAACCACAGCUGCUGCCAUGACAACUGCUGAGGACACUACAACCACAGCUGCUGCCAUGACAACUGCUGAGGACACUACAACCACAGCUGCUGCCACAACAACUGCUGAGGACACUACAACCACAGCUCCUGCCACGACAACUGUUGAGGACACUACAACCACAGCUGCUACCAUGACAACUGCUGAGGACACUACAACCACAGCUCCUGCCACGACAACUGCUGCGGACACUACAACCACAGCUGCUGCCACAACAACUGCUGAGGACACUACAACCACAGCUGCUGCCAUGACAACUGCUGAGGACACUACAACACAGCUGCUGCCAUGACAACUGCUGAGGACACUACAACCACAGCUGCUGCCAUGACAACUGCUGAGGACACUACAACCACAGCUCCUGCCAUGACAACUGCUGAGGACACUACAACCACAGCUCCUGCCACAACAACUGUUGAGGACACUACAACCACAGCUGCUGCCAUGACAACUGCUGAGGACACUACAACCACAGCUCCUGUCACUACAACUGCUGUGGACACUACAACCACAGCUCCUGCCACGACAACUGCUGAUGACACUACAACCACAG